AUGAAAGAUGAAAUUCGUAUGCAACAAUUAAUAGCAGAAAUGCAUGGCAAUUCAUCACAACCUGAAUUACAUAUAUUAUUUUCACUAAAGCCAGGCCAAGACUGCCGCAGGUAUAAUUUUCAACGAGUAAAUGAAGUUGCGGCAAUCUUUUCGACAAAUGCUGACGGAGAAAUUCCAGAGUUGUACAUAACAAUUAGAAAUAAAAACACAAAAACAUUAGAAUUUAUAAGUUCUCUGGAUCCUAAUGUAGAACCAUGGAUUUAUUCUUUAUAUUACCCAUACGGCACACGAGGUUGGAAGGUAAAUAUGUUUCGUACAGAUAAUAGACAUAAAAUCACUAGAUUAGAUUAUACUAGGUACAGAAUAGAUACUAUAGAUACUACUAGAUUAGAUUAUACUAGGUACAGAAUAGCUAUCAGAGAGGAUGAUUUCAAUCCUAUUAUCAGAGGACAAUUCAAUAAUCAUCAAAAAGAAUUACGAGCUGAUACUUAUCAAGGUUUACAAGAUCACAUGAGGAAUUGUGCAAACGAUGUAAAUGGUCAUGUAGGGAAAACUAUAAUUUUACCUUCAUCGUUUAAUGGUUCGCAUCGGUAUAUGCAACAAUGUUAUCAGGACGCAAUGGCAAUUGUAAAUGAAACUGGAAAAUCUGACAUUUUUCUUACUAUGACGUGUAAUCCAAAUUGGUCGGAAAUAACAGAUAAUUUGUUACCAGGACAAGUAGCUGACAGAUCAGAUUUAGUAGCUAGAGUUUUUGAUUUAAAAAAGGAUUAUUUACUUGAUAUUGUUGUGAAAAAAAGUUUUUUUGGAAAAGUAGCCUCUUAUGUUUAUGUCAUUGAGUUUCAAAAAAGAGGAUUACCACAUAUGCAUUUAUUAAUCACAUUAGAACAGGGAUAUAAAAUUACUACGGCUGACAUAGUUGACAAAUUCAUAUCAGCUGAACUACCAAUUCAAAUAAGAAAUCCACGUUUAUUUGAUAUUGUUAUGAGAACUAUGACUCAUGGCCCAUGUGGUGACUGGUGUAUGAAAGAUGGUAAAUGCUCAAAAAAAUUUCCAAAGCAAUUUCAAGAUGAAACAACUAUGGAUGCAAAUGGUUAUCCACAAUAUCGCAGGAGAGAUACUGGUGUCGAUAUUAAAGCUGUGAAAUAUUUAUACAAAUAUAUUUAUAAAGGAUACGAUGCAGCUACAGUAGUAAUUGGCGAAGCAAAAAAUGGGAAUAUCAUUGAACACGACGAAUUCCGUAAUUACAUUGAAACCCGUUAUGUAGGUCCAGUUGAAGCAUGUUAUAGAAUCUUUAGUAAAGCAUUGCAAGAUAAAAGUCAUUCAGUUUCAAGAUUACCAAUACAUCUACCUAAUGAACAAUCAGUGAUUAUUACACAAAAUGAAGAUGAAUUAUCACUAUUAGCACACUUAAAUAAUUCAAGUAGUAUGUUACUUGAUUACUUCAGUUUAAAUACAACUAAUGAUAAAGCAAGACAGUAUUACUACAAUGAAAUUCUGAAACAUUUUACAUACAAAAAAGAAAAAGUUAAUGGCCAAAUGAUUUUAUCAUGGCGAACUAGGCAAAAACACUUUAAUUGUGUCACAAAUUACAAUGAUUUGCGAACUGUAGAUGAUGUACUACAUACUUCUUUCACAGCAGCCUGCCUAGCAUUAGGAAUUAUUGAAGAUGACGAGGAAUGGAAUAAAGCUAUGAGAGAAGCUGUGUUUUGGAUGAUGCCUCAGCGUCUGAGAAAUUUAUUUGUUCGUAUAUUAAUUCACUGUCAACCAACUUAUCCUGAAAAAUUAUGGAAAACAUUUAAAGAUUCACUGUCUGAAAAUUUUUCACGUAACAAUGACUUGGAUAUAAGUUACAGUUCAUAUAAUUGGAACAUUCAAUGUUCUGCAAUGGCAUACACAGGUAUUGCUGCAACAUUAUUACCUAACGGCAAAACAGUUCACAAAACUUUUGGUUUACCAGUUCCUAUGUUCCAUGAUUCAUCUUCAAACAUCAAAAUACAAUCUCAAGAAGGUAUGCUUUUGAAAAAUACAAAAGUAUUUAUUUGGGAUAAAGCACCAAUGGCCCCGAGAUAUGCUUUGGAAAUUGUCAACAGAACAUUGAAAUAUGUAAUAAACAACGAUCUUCCAUUUGGUGGGAAAAUAAUGAUUUUGGGUGGAGAUUUUAGAGCUGCUUCUAAUCAAAGUUCAUGUAACACGUAG